AUGCCUCCAUCCUCAGAACAAAGCUUCAGAGCCAAUCUAUCUCAAUUCCGCUGGGACAGAGGCGUCACAGACGACUCUCAACAAACACAGCAACCACUGCCAUCAUCAAACCCAUUCUCCCGCUUCUACAACGCUGUAGCAGGCGACUAUAUCCCUCUCAGAUCCAGCGAACGUUCCAACGAACACGAAGCAUGGUUUGCGCUGUCACGUUGGGAGAGGCUGCUCGGGUUCGGUGCAUGCUUGUUAGGCGUAGCAGUCCGCUUCUUCGUCGCUUUCAUGACCCUCCCUUUCCUCGCCAUCAAUCCCGCAAAAUUUGCUUUGGCAUUCAGUCUGGGAAGCUUGCUCGUGAUGUUCGGUUUUUCAGUCCUCAUAGGACCAUUAAACCACGUAAAAUAUUUGAUUUCCAAAGAACGUGUGCCAUUCACCCUCGUCUACUUCUCAAGUUUGGGCUUGCCCCUCUAUUUCUCUAUCAGCGCGAGUUUGUAUUCUUUCAUCACCACAAGGGUCCACUCGUACUUAGGUUCGCUAUUAGCAGGUGUGGUCCAGGUAGUAUUUCUAGUAGCGUAUGUCCUGGCGUACUUCCCAGGAGGUACACAGACAUUGCGCUUUGGUGGACAAAUCGCUCUUCGGGGAGCAGGAAGCCUGCUACCUUUCUAA